UAGUUCUUGUUUGAUGAUGCAUGCUCGAAAAUAACGGUGGCUGUGUGUAUUGUGAUUGCCGAGCGCUGUUCUCUUCGCUAGCGCGGGCGUGUCCUCGAAAUGCUGCCGUCUACGUAGCCGGAUCAGCCACGGAAACAUGGAGCCAAACAAACGCUUCUGGGGGGAACUGUUCCCGACCAAAUUGAGCGCGGCGAUUUUCGUGGCUUACAUCGGCUUCUUCAUCAACCACGGUAUUCUAGUCACAGCAACCAAAGACAAAAACAACAAGUAUGACUACAACAUAACGACUGUGGUUAUGCUUACAGAAUGCCUCAAGCUCGUAGUUACUACGUUGAUUUUUUUAAAAGAUCACUCCUUCAAUACCCUUAUCAAUGAAGUCAUCAAAAACCGCAAAGUACUCCUCCUGUACUUCGUGCCUGCACUGCUGUACUGCUUCUACAACAACCUUGCCUUCAUCAACCUGGCUGCAUUUGACCCAACCACCUACAACCUGCUUCUCCAGUUCAGGGUUGUCAUCACGGGCCUGCUGUUUCAGGUGCUCUUCAAGAAGACGCUGAGUCGGAGGCAGUGGCUGUCCUUGCUGUUGCUGACGGGAGGCUGCGUGGUGAAGCAGCUGGGACUUCCUUCAGGAGCCGCCUCAUCGGGAUUGGUCGGCUCAUUGUUGGACACCCUGUUCAGUGUCCACAUGCUCCUUCUCCUUGCUCAGGUCUUCUGUUCCUGCUUCGCCGGCGUCUACAACGAGUUCCUCCUCAAGGACACGGGCGUCGACAUCCACAUCAUGGUGCACAAUGUCUUCAUGUACCUCGACUCCAUCGUCUGCAACAUGGUCGUACUCCUGCUCCGUGGCGAGGCCGGCGGCGCGCUGUCGUCUGCAUCUAUUGGCACGCUGCUCCGCCCCAAGGUGAUGGCAAUCGUGGUGAACAGCGCCAUCUGUGGCAUCGUUACCUCCGUUUUCCUCAAAAGCCUCAACUCUAUCCUCAAGACCUUUGCAAGCGCCCUCGACCUGUCGUUCACCGCCGUUCUGUGUUGGCUCAUCUUCGGCAUCCCCAUCGAUGUGUACACAGUGGCGGCCAUUGUUGUGGUGUCGGUCGCAACCUGGUUCUACUCUCAGCAGCCAGUCGUGAACAAGCCGAAGCCGACGGCGCGGCACCGUGAAGACAGCGACGACGAGGGCGGCGACGUCACGCGCAGCCUCGUAAACGGUAAAAAGACGGAGCUCAUAGCUGUGUAGGCGGCGACGUCGUAAGGAUGUUCUCGAGUGCUAUUCAGGCCCAAAAUGUAUUUUAUAAAUCAGCCAGUGGAUGGCGUGCAAUUAAGCUCUUCCCAAAGGUGUUUUUAGGUGGUGCACUUCCGAAUUUUGUCAGCGUAGGUUUCCGGUAAAAUUGCAUGAAAAGAAAAGCCUGUUUAUUAUUUCUUUGCACUGGAGGAAAACAAAAGCAAACUGUUUGGUUGACACUUCUACCCAGAUAUUGUACCACACACUUCUACUCGCACAUCGUACCACGCAUGCUCGGAUCUGCUGGAUAUCUAAGAAGCCUUCAAGUCUUCGUGCCACGUGGUGCCAUAUUUAAGUAGCAGCACCAACUCGACAGUUUGCUUCAGUUUUCCUCCCGCUGCAUAGGGAAAAAAAAAAAAAGUUUUCUUUCAUUUUUGUUUUUCCAGAAGCCUACACUCAACAAAAUUUUGAGUAAGAUACAUGCACCACCUAAAGACACCUUUGUGAAAAGUUUUGUUGUACUCAAUUUGUUAGCUCCUUUAAUUAAUUUUUGGACGCCCGGACAGCGCUUUAAAACACACCAUACCUCGGCGUAUUGUUGGCAGUAGCGAAACGUUGCUGGAGGAUAUACGCGGAACAUUGUGAAUGUCUGCAGUUGUCUGCCGACGCAGUUUUUGCCUAGCAGUAGCUCGUGACUGACGAUUGUGCCUCCACGUCAGUACUGUUCUUAUUUCCCGGUGUUGAUCGGGGAGAUUGAAGGCAACUUCACAAUUUUUUUUUUUUUACGGACACGGUACUCGUUGCAAUGUGUGCACUGCACGAUUAUUUUACUAGCGGGACAAACGAUUGCAAAGAAAUUAUAGACUUCUCUGGACAAUAAGGGGCAUUUUAUCGAUGAAUAGAUUUAUUCUGGAUUUGUUGUUGGCAUUAUUAUUAUUAUUAUUAUUAUUAUUAUUACUAUUACUACUACUACAACUACUAGCAAAGCUAUGGGAAAUUUAUUUACAUGUUCCUACUUUUGUUUUGUCUAGAGGACCUAGAAUAAGCAAAAUGACACAUUAGCACAUGGACAGAAUCAAGAGCAUAAUAGUUUGAUUGUCGCUGUGGUUGAGACGACCAUGUUAUAUUUCUUAGGCGCGACAUUUACAUGCACCUACACAUCUAGUGUCUUCAUUGCAUGCUUGCAUUUAGCUGAAACAGAGAGUAGCAGCUUCUCAGUUCAGUCAAAGUCCAACAGCCUUACUCUACACUUUGUGCUGUAUGUUGAAGGUAGUUCUGGAAAAUAUUUCAACUUUCAGCAGCGUGUGAAAUUAAUGUGCAAACAGUUUUUCAGAACAUUUUGCUGUCAGGUUCAAGGAGCUUCCAUCAUAAACGCGCACGAGUUUUUGGGCAUUUUUCAGUUGCUGCAUUUCGGACCUCGAGAUGCCUUUGCACAAAAUCAUUCCCGAGACAUUCCAUAUCGCUUCAUUCGUUCAUCUAGCUAGGUUCUUACUUUUGCACGGACCACUGCCCAACACCCGAUCCAAUCACAAUUCCCAAACUGUUUGGCCUAGUGUUUGGUCCAUCGUGGUUUGCAGAAAACCACGAGAUGCCCAAGUUUUUUUAGUUCAAGAACCAUAGCGAACAAUGUUUGACUCCCUUAGGAGUUUUAAUAUUUUCCGUCGUGUACCAUAAAAUACUGAGCAUCUGCCCAUUCUACAAUAAGCGCCCAUCCCGCAGUUUUGCAUGAUUAUCUCCAAAUUUUGAGUUGAAACAGUAGCUUU